AUGGUCAGCCGAUUUGAACACCCUGCUGGAGACUAUAAGAAGAUCUUUGAGACUGUGGAGGAGCUCAGUGAACCGCUUCCAGCGACAGUCUCUGGUCGAAUCCCAUCGUUUAUAAGAGGAAGUCUGCUCCGCUUGGGUCCAGGUCUGUUCGAGGUCGGAUCUGAACCCUUCUAUCAUCUCUUCGAUGGCCAAGCCCUGAUGCACAAGUUUGAUUUCAGCAACGGUCAGGUCACUUACUUCCGCAAGUUCAUUAAAACAGACGCUUACGUUCGUGCCAUAACAGAGAAUCGUGUUGUAAUCACUGAAUUUGGAACAUGCGCUUACCCGGAUCCCUGCAAGAACAUCUUCUCCAGGUUUUUUUCUUACUUCAAGGGCGUUGAGGUGACGGAUAACUGCCUGGUGAACGUUUACCCCAUUGGAGAAGACUUCUACGCCGUCACGGAGACGAAUUACAUCACGAAAGUGAACCCGGACACUUUAGAGACUCUAAAAAAGGUGGACAUGUGCAAAUACGUCAACAUAAACGGGAUAACGGCUCACCCGCACAUCGAGAGAGACGGCACGGUGUACAACAUCGGAAACUGCAUGGGGAAAGGAGCCUCGCUGGCUUACAACAUUGUCAAGAUCCCCCCCAAGCAGAAAGAUAAGUCAGACCCGAUUGAGAAAUCCAAGGUGGUGGUGCAGUUUCCCAGCGCGGAGAGGUUUAAACCGUCCUACGUGCACAGCUUCGGGAUGACGGAGAACCACUUUGUGUUUGUAGAGACGCCCAUCAAAAUCAACCUGCUGAAGUUCCUGAGUGCCUGGGCUAUUCGCGGAUCCAACUACAUGGACUGCUUCGAAUCCGACGAGCAGAAAGGAACAUGGAUUCACAUAGCCACGAAGGAUCCAGGCGAGUACAUCGACUUCAAAUUCAGGACUUCAGCCAUGGGACUUUUCCACCACAUCAACUGUUAUGAAGACUCGGGGUUUAUUGUUUUCGACCUGUGCACCUGGAAAGGAUUUGAGUUCGUGUACAACUACCUGUGGCUGGCGAACCUGCGUCAGAACUGGGACGAGGUAAAGAAACACGCCAUGAUCGCCCCUCAGCCGGAAGUGCGCAGGUUUGUCGUCCCGCUGGAUCCCUACAGGGAGGAACAGGGGAAGAAUCUGAUCGCUUUGCCGUACACUACAGCCACAGCGACGAUGUGUGAAGACGGAACCAUCUGGCUGGAGCCUGAGGUGCUUUUCUCCGGCCCUCGCCAAGCCUUCGAGUUUCCUCAGAUCAACUACAAAACGUGCAACGGGAGGAACUACACGUACGCCUACGCCCUCGGCCUUAACCACUUCAUCCCCGACAGGAUUUGUAAGCUGAACGUAAGGACCAAGGAGACGUGGGUGUGGCAGGAGCCGGACUCGUACCCGUCAGAGCCGCUGUUCGUGCAGAACCCUGACGGGGUCGACGAGGACGACGGUGUGCUGCUGACCAUCGUGGUGUGUCCCGGAGCACAGAGACCGACGUACUGCCUGAUCCUGAACGCCAAGGACCUGUCGGAGAUCGCCCGGGCCGAGGUGGACGUCAUGUCUCCCGUCACCUUCCAUGGCAUGUACAAGCCGUAAAAGUGCGUUCCGGAUCCUUCCGCUAACACGUGUGCGCAUUUCAGAUCAGUGUUCAUAUCCCUUCGUACUGUCUGUCUGUAUUCGGAGUGGGACUGUGACCAAAAUGUAUGUUGUAUGGCUAUAAUGUGUAAUGUUGUGUUGGCUAUAAAACAACGAUGACUUGUUUGAAGACUUUCCCAAGGUGGAAAACAGCUUCUCCUCACUUGUCCACCGUACAAGCCUCUCUCUCUCUCUCUCUCGCUCUCGCGGUCUCAAAAACAAAAACAAACAAGGAAAAAAACCCCGGUUCAUGUCAUUUUACCGAGAUAUUGGAAAGUGUAACUCUGAAGUUUCCGUUACAAAGCGCUCACAAUAGAGACCCCGUCCAUCAAUGUUAAACGUCUCCCCUAAUUAAAAAAAAACACAAAACAAAAACACUUUCACAUCAACAAAUAUUUUACUUUUACAUGCAUUUUUUUUUUUUUUUAAUGGGUUUAUUAGGAUUAAGUGGCGCUCCCGUUGUACUGUGUAUGAGCUGUUACUAUAGAAACCGUAACGUAUUAGAACAAGCGCGUUAAUCACUCCCUCCGGGACUCGGAAAUAUUCGGAACGGCCGCAGAUUUCAUGCGGAUUUGGGCCGACGUCGUCACGACGUGCGUUCAGGCGAGGCCCUCUUCUAUUCACGUGCCGUGCGGCGGACACGAGUACAGCCGAAAGGUCUCACUGACCAGCGAACAUCGCUGCGAAAGACAAUUUCGUGCAAGUCGUUUCCACAGCAAAAUCGAAAAAAAGGCAUUUUCGUCCGCAACAGGCACAAAAAUUUCAACGAAAACCCCUCUGUAAUCCUGUACGGACUGAACAAUAUUAAUCUCUUGUUCGCGUUACAGCCGGGACUACAAAACCACUGCACACCUGCAUCUGACCAAUCAGCGUGCAGAAUGAAAUCCCGCUUGUGGUAUGAUGGAAAUGAAUCGACACGUCCUGACCAAUCAGAUUCCAGUAUUCGAUAUGGCCUCAUCAUCAUCAUCAUCAUCAGUGCACCACUUUAAGACGUGUUUUUUUCUUCUCCUCUUCGUUUUGAGGAACGCGUUAAGAGUUUGCGUUUUAUCUGAACACAGUACUCGGUAUUCUUCUCCAGGGACCGCAUGAACAGUUGCGACAUGUUUAAUCUGCCUUAAGCUGUGCUCUGAAAGAACAGGCUGUAUUUCAGGACACACACAUAGAGUAGCAGCCGAGUGGGAGCUGGAUAAAGACACGGAACAUAAUCCCUGCAUACCACACCAUACUGGACUCUCGUUGGAUUCUUCCCAUUUUUGCGGCGUUCUGUGAUCAUAGUCAGGGCUGGAGAUUAUUGAAAGGAAAAAAACAUUUCAGGAAGGAACAUUAUCGAACACCUUAACUCCUGGCUGUAGUUUAUCUUGAAGCAUAUGAACUACUAAGAAUUAUUCAGUGAAACUAUCGUGAACGAGAGGGAGACCGUAGAAGUAUAGAACACUCCGAGGUGCGGCGGUAGAGGAAAAUAACCAACCAAAAGAAUCACUUUCACAGGGAAGUGAUUAUUUUACAAUAACAGCAUGUCCUGAACUGUGUGUCCCCCCCCCCUCGUCACGUUCAGGCUUCACCAACAAUUGCAGUUAAACCCAAAUAUGUAGUACUUUUAUCCAUUUAUACACAGCCCUCCAGUAAUAUUGGCACCCUUGGUAAAUAUGAGCAAAGAAGGCUGUGAAAAAUUGUCUUUAUCGUUUAACCUUUUGUUAAAAAUAAAUAAAUAAAUAAAAUAAAUAAAAAUCACUUCAAUACUCUGCUCUUAUGGAUAUCAAACAAUAUGUGGGUGCCAAUAUUAGUGGAGGGCUCUGUAGUUAUGUUUAACGUUGUGCAACGACUGUUUGCAAGUCCUUUAUCAGAGCUAUGGACAGUCGCUCCCUCGCCUGCCUGUUUCCUUCCUCGAAUCUGUCCAUCCUGAAGACUGACCCGUGGUCCGUCUUUCCCUCGAGGCGGACUAUAACCGACUGACGUCUUCUUUCACGGAAUGUUAAAUAAAUAAAUAAAUAAAUAAAUACAGAAAACCUCACCAGAGAAACGUUUAAGUUAUUCAUGCACGGGUGCUUGAAAGUUUGUGAAUUUUCUAUAUACUCCAUAAGUCCUAAAAGUAGUUAAAGAGGACAAAAUUAAACAAACGAUAUUCUACUCGGUCAUUUAUUUAUUGAGGAAAAUGAUCCAACGUGGCAUAUGUGUGAGUGGGAAAAGUAUGUGAACCUUU